GGAAGGGGGCUGUAAUGGAAAUACAAAUAUUUGAAAUUAGGUGUCUAAUAAAAAUCCAAAUGCCCCAAAAAAGUCCACUGGACUUGGUUCAGCCCUUGGGGUUACAGGAAGUUGUAGCUAACAUGGUUAGCUGCUUUGUUGUAGGUUCCUUGUAGGUUUCCUGCAGAUUUUAGCUUAACCUAAGUGUUGCAAUGGAACCGAGCUGGAGUACGUUUUUAUUCCAACAGGCCAAUGAGGCUCUACAUCACCAGCACCAAGUAGCCGGAAACAGCCUCUUGCCUUUGCUCAGUUCUGGAACAGAGCCUCCUGAUCAGAAACCGGUGCUGCCCAUUCCCCUGGACCAGAAACCCCCUGUCAGUGCUGCAGAACUUCUUAAAGACAAUGUGGCUAGUGGGACUGGGGGAGGAGGAGGUGGAGGGCCUCCAGUUGCCGUAGUCAAAAAGGAGCCCAAAUCAAAGACCCCCUUUAUCUGUGGCUACUGCAACAAGGCUUUCCGGGACAGCUACCACCUCCGACGGCACGAGUCCUGCCAUACUGGUAUUAAGAUGGUUUCGCGGCCUAAGAAGACACAAACAGCCCCCACCAUGGUGCCACUCAUAUCCACUGUACCACGUGAGAAUAGUGGAAAUCCUUCAUACAUUACUACAGUUGCUGGUAUCCUGACUACAGCCACAACAUCAACAUCCACAGGCACCAGCAUCAUGACCCCAAUGCAACACCAACAGAGCGUCCCUAAGAAGCCACCCAAACCAGUGAAAAAGAAUCAUGGUUGCGACAUGUGUGGUAAGGCCUUCAGAGAUGUGUACCACCUCAACCGCCACAAGCUGUCACACUCUGAUGAGAAGCCGUUUGAGUGCCCCAUCUGCCAGCAGAGGUUCAAGAGGAAGGAUCGCAUGACAUACCAUGUCCGCUCCCAUGAUGGUGGAGUUCACAAGCCUUACAUUUGCUCUGUCUGUGGCAAGGGCUUCUCCAGACCUGAUCACCUAAGCUGUCAUGUCAAGCAUGUCCAUUCCUCAGAGAGGCCAUUUAAGUGCCAAGUAACGGCCUGUACCUCUGCCUUUGCUACCAAAGACCGCCUUCGCUCCCACAUGAUCAGGCAUGAAGGCAAAGUGACCUGCAACAUCUGUGGCAAAAUGCUAAGCGCUGCCUACAUCACAAGUCAUCUCAAGACGCAUGGUCAGGCCAGCUUCAGCAACCCAUGUAACAAUAAAGGCAUAAGUGACUGGCAGUGGAACCACUCAGGGCCACGAAAAGGUGAGUUGACUGUAGGAGAGAUUUUAAAUAACUCCUUCCAAGUCCUAAUUGACAACUCUCACAAAGAUGGCAACAAUGUGCACAACAACUCAGCCACUACAACGCCUGUCACAAACUCUGCAGCCAUCACCUCGGCUGUUAACCGCGGUGGCAUUGCCAGCAAUCCUGUCACCAUUGCUGCUCAGAUGAACAUCGCCACCAGCACGGUCAAUAUAACGUCACCGAUCAACCUGCAGCACCCUGUCACCAUCACUGGCCCUGUGAACCUGGCCUCCGUCAACAUCCCUACAACGGCACACAUGAAUAUCGCCCACCCAGUGGCUAUCACCACUCCCAUGCCCAUGAAUAUCACUGGGCCACUCAAUAUUGCCAUGAGAUCCAUGGAGAGCAUGCCUUUUCUAUCCCAAGUUCUGCCUUCCUCCCCUCCUUGGUAGAGCUUUUUUUUUUAGCCUAUUUAAGAGCCGAUAAUGUUUUAACUGCCUAAUAAUGGAUGAGUCUGUCAUAUCUUAGUGAAAUGGCCUUUUGAUGGGUUGAUAGUGUAUUAUACCUGAAGGUGGUAACUUAUUCAACCAAAUGGAUAGUAACCAAUAAAUGCUACUUGCAUGAGUGAUUUACCACAUAAUUUGUUUAAUUUUGAAGUUUAUUUGUAUUUAUAGAACAAAAAUAUUUCAAAUACCAUUAGUCAUAAUGAAAACAAUUGUUUGCUUAAAGUCACCAGUUACAGUGUAUUAGCCUAAAUAACAUGGGAGAUAAAGUUUGCUGUCCUCCACAGCAGAAUCUGUCAGAUGAAUUGUCUAUUUUAGGGAUGGGAAACAUGGAUACACUUGUCUAUCAUAGCAUGUUUUUUAUUAUUAUUUUAGAUGUUGUAAUAUAGAACAUUACUAGAAAUAUAUUAACAUUUUUUAUUGAUACUACAUGGGAGAAUCUGUUUUGGCAAACCCAGUGAAUUAAUUGUCUAACAAAUUAAAGUACUUCAUCACAUUGAUGCAAAUAAUCUUGUAAAUCAAAUAUUACCAUAACCUACAUAUAUUUGCAACAUUACCCACACUGGCCUAGUACACCAAAAUAGAGAGAUCAGUGUAAACAAUGAGGCAAGAUUUCCACGGACAUUAACUUGUUACCAUCUUGAACUAUAUAUCAUCAUAUUGAUCAAACCUAAUAUAUGGUGUUUCUCCCAGCUGUAUAGUUAAUCUAAUACGUUAGUCACAGCUUUUGAUAAAUCUUUUUCAUUCCUACUAGUUGGGUUUCUCCAUCUACUGAUCAAGACCAUGAUAUGUAGUUGAAAGCUCUGAAAAAGCUAGAAGAUGGUCCUGAAGUUCAGAUUAUUUACCCGACCAUCUCCAAGGUGAAGAAUAAACUUUCACGCUUGAAUAAUCUAUAUUUGUUACCUCCACGGCCCGAUUUACCUGAAUGUCGUCACAUGCUACGGAACACUUCAGAUAAUUUCUUGAUGAUGCGGUUGGAGGUAGAUGUUUGAAUGGUGAUGUUUUGUGCAGAUAGAUAUUAAUCUCUGUAAAUAAUGACCAUUUUAUGCCAAAGAUUUUUUAGUGUUUUCUCCCAAAUGCUAUAUUUUAAAAGAUAAGGGAAAACCUUAAAACAGCAUUUAAAACAUCAUAGAAAACUUAAUUCUCCUUUUUUUUUUUUUUUAAACAAAGUUAUAAAACCGGCGCCUCAGGUGGGGCAGUCUGACCCCUGUGACCCCUGACUGAUCUUUCAUUAGAAGCCAACAAUACCCAUUACACUAUUGCAAUGUUUCAUUUUGCAUUAUUUAAAUAUGUGAUAAUGAUUAUAUAAUUAUUUGCAUUAUUGGCAGUUCAUCACAUGAACAGGUUUCAUUACACUUUCAAACCAAAUGAGUAUUUUAUUUCCUUUUGGUUUAAAAUUAUUGGGCAGUUAUUACAAUAUCAGCUGCUACAUUGUCUCCCUUUUAUUUAUCCCUUGUCUACGGCUUUUUUAAACUUGUGUAGUUUUUUAUAAUGGCAAAUAGUUGAGGUUGAGCCAGGUCAUUGCAGCAGUGUUGGCAUUAAACUUAUAUGCUGUAGAGAGGCAAACCUUUUUCCAGGAUUCUUUCAAGGUGACCACUUAGAGGAUAUCUUUAAGUAUGCAUCUGGCUUUAAACAUGGGAGAUACAUGAUACCUUGCUUUACCUUAGGCUUUGUUUAUCAGCUCCUUAAAUGAAAGCAUAUUGCUGGAGUUGUUCUUAAAUGCUUCCUCUUAAGGCAAAUUUUGUUUCUGUUUUUUUUUUUUCUCUAUUAUUUUAGUGGACUUAUCAGUAUUUGAUAGUUUAUGUAUUUAAAAGUUCAGUUACAAAAAAAACAAAGCUUCCAUUUCGGGGUGAGUGAGAUUGUGGAUUUCACCAAUGGUGCAGAGAUGCUGUUUAGAUCCAUCAACCCCCCUCCCUUCAGAAGUUUAUCUGUGACAUCUGUUUCGGGGAAUUUUGUAUGUAUUUAUAUCAGGACAUUACCGCAAACAGACAAGGACUUGUACUAAAAGCAUGUCACUUACAAUUUGCCCUAAAAUGGCAGUAUUAUUGAAGGUCAAAUAAUUUAAAAUUUUGAUUACUGAGGACUUAACUAUAGAGGUCAAGAGAGCCACCCAGUGGCUCGUGAGACUGUACUACAAAAAAAGUACCAAAUUUAAAGCCUCUGAACACCCACACAGGUGUUUUCAGUUAUUCUGGCUGAUUAGACUCUUCAGGUUUACAGUGGACUGACGCUUGAUGGGAACUUAUUGGGACACAAAUUCUUUCUACCUAUAAGGAUGACAAAGGGGUCAUUUGGCCUGCCCUAACAGGUGCAACAGCACUAACAGUGGACUCAGGAAGAUGUCAAUCACUCAGUCUAUCCACACCCACACAGUCCUGGAAAAGGUCCACUCAGCUACAUUAACUAUAAACACCUGUGUAGGUGUUCAGAUCCUUUAACUUGUGGUAUAUUCAGUUGGUUAGAUGGUUUACUUUAGCAGGUAUAGAAUCCCAUCACUGUCAGUCAAACUCAGGAAGGUUACUGAGAAUAGUCUUUCACCAUGUUCAACAAUUUACACACUGACCAUUUAUUUGUAAAUAUGAAACACUAUAUAUAUUGCCUUUACCUGUGGGAGAGGGAGCAUCUCUCUUCUUACCAUAGGCCAGCAAUGCUAGAACUAUAUUACCGCUGAUGUGGCUGUCCAUUCCGCAAAAGAGAGAAAAUGAGCAGAGACUAAUUAAAGGAUAAGGCUUGUGUCAGUUUUUUGCAUAAUCAGGACACAUCCUAAUAAAAUGCCAAAAAACACCAUUUUAUUCUACCAACAAGUGUCAUCUGUGUAGCUACGACUUGAUAUCACAACUAUGCCUCCAAUACAAUAAAAUUCCAUUGUUGACCAAAUACUCUUGCAAACACAUUAAGGGCCAUUAAGGCCAUCCCGUUGAAUUGGUUACCGUGCUUCAUUGACACAAACACUUAUUCCCUUCAGAUUGUCAAACCGCCGGUGCAUGUCAUCGGUCCCACAUGGUGCUACUCUCAGAGACAAAGUGAAGCCACAGUAUUAUUUGAGUAUAAACACCAUGUUAUUUUCAUUGAAUGAGUACGUCAGCAGUGCAGCAGUAUGGUUCUUAUUUGUAUUUUAUUAGUUUUUAGCAAUUAUGGUUCUGUGGCACAGUGUUACAAUAUCAGUCUGUAGCUACACAGAUCAAACCUUACAGGAUAACUCACUGUUAGUUGCGAUUUCUUCAUGAAAAUGAUCAGUUAUUAUAAAGAGAAAGAACUCCCGCUUUAUCCUUUUUAAGCUGAAUUUUUGCUUUAGAUCUCUCUUGCAUAGCUCAGUGUUUUUAGUUAUUGUUUUUUUCUUCCUGGCAGUUCAUCUUUACUGAAAAAUUGAGGCUGUGAUCACAAAGGAGGCUUUAUAUCUUGCUCAAAUCAGGUGUACUAGUUGUAUCCCACAAUAGUCUUGUAGGGAUGUGGCACAAAUAAAUACAUUGAUGCACUGUACCUGUGCGUUCAUUUUCAGCUGACAUAAAUGACGAGGGACACCUAAAUGCCAGAACAGACCUUAACAUCGUAGCAGAUGAUAGUCUUCCUUUCAUGCCUUAACCCACAGAGGACCAGAUACUUCGACCAUUGCUCGAUCAUUUUCUCGUUCAGAGUAUUCUGAUCCUGUUCAGCAGUUUGAGAUGAUCUUGAAUGCAGUAUCAGUAGAAAGGACCACCUACCUUCAUUUCCAUGGUCAGUUUUACCAUUGCUGAAGGUCUGUCACUAUAUAUACACUACAUGUGUCACAGCUGAACAGGCAUCUAUAUUUUGGAUUGCUGAGUGCAAUAUUUUUAGUAUGCUUCUAACAAAGGUUGAAGGUUGUUGCAUCUCAUCAACCAUGUCUAAAGACGGUGUUUCUUCCUGAUCUGAAAGGCCAUCGGCCUAGGUGCAGAAUUCCACCUAAAUAGUUUCAAGAUGUGUGCUUGUUGCGACCAAGCUCAUGGACCGUGACUGAAAAAAGAGUGAACAUGACAAGUCUCUUAUGUGAUCUUGGCCUCAACAGGCAGGCUCACAGAAUGUCCUACAGUUCCCUGGCGGACUUUGUCUUUAACAUGAGUGAAUUAGUUUGUAGAAGCCUGUUUGUAGUUGCAGGCCUUUUUCAGUGCAGGAACUCUGAAACACUUGCAGCAAUCUAGGAUGUGUACACUACAGAAGAGUGGUACUUAGGGGCCCCUGAAUUUCAUUGUAUGCAUGCAAACCCUGUCCAUCAAAGGAAAUGUUCUAGUGUGGAAUGGCAUCAUGAAUCUUUAUUUGAUUUGAUUUUUUCCAUUGUUGCAUGUGAAUGAAUGAGCUUGUCCAGUGUAGGUUUGAGUUCAACAACUAUUAUUAGAAGGCUAGUGAUUUUUUCAUGAAAACAAAACACUAAAAAAAAGUAGGAUGAAAGGAAGUGUGUAGUGUCAUUUGUCCUUCUCCAUUAGCCGUGAACAAGUGUGCCUGAAAUACUUUGCAAGACUUUUCCACAUGUUAAUGCUUCCUCUUCUAGGUGUGCUGUGUGAUGGAAUGGUUUUGUGAGGGAAGCCUUCAUCAGUUCAGACGGCCAAGGGCCCCACAGGUCUGGCAACCAAAAUAUGCUGUAAAAAGCUUUUUUUUUUUAAUUUUUUGAACCUAAUGAUUGUGAAGUUAUUCUACUUCAAGAACAACAUUGAAACAUGAAUUGAGAUCUUUACUUGGGUCAAGGUCAUGUAAAUAUAUCAGUGACAUUUAACCAUGUGGUUUAUUUUUUUAAUUAGACUCCAAACUAAUGUGAAAAACAUUUGGCCAAAUAAUGAUUUGGAAGAUUGUGAAGUUUGUGAUGAAUUUGGCAGAUGUGAAGGCAAAUGAAUGUAUAUCUUUGUACAAAAUAAUUUAGUUCAGAGGACACGUUAGUUAUGACAGACACAUGCAAGAAAAAAAAAAAACUUUUAUAAAUCUUUUUGUAUUAGAACAUUAACAUGGUAAUUUUGUAUAUAAAAAGGCUAGGCUUUCUGAUUAGCAGAAAGGUAAAACAUUCCUACAUUUUUUUAAAUGUAUGUCCAUUGAGAAUAAUUAUGUGCAAUGUUUUAUGUGCCUUUUAUUUGGGUUUGUCUAAAUAAAAGAAAACAUUAAAACAUGAUUCUGGACUGUCCAUGUUGAGUCCCUCAGAGGAAAGUCAAUACUGUUUUAGCUCAGAUUAACCUCUGGACCGGCCCCCCUGCACUCAAGACACUUGAGAGGUGCACACUUCUGGUUAACUGUUUUUUCUAGCUUCCAUGCGGUUUCUGGGAGGCUGAAUGGUUGGUGAAGUUCUGUUUUUGUAUGGAUGUUUCUGAUAUCCAGAUUUCUCAGUGUCUUUACAGGCGGCCUGCUUAUCAUGAAAGUGCCUCUGUGACUUUGCUUAUUAGAGGGGAUUGUGGGGGAUUUUGUGCCAAAUAUGUGACGACAAAAAUAUUUCAGUGUUUUUUCAUUCUUUAACUAUUAAACUUGGAAAAUGUGA